AGGCGGUGGGAGGCGCGGCGGCGCGGCUGGCGAAGUGGCUGGCGGGCGCCAACUUCCGAAGGCCGCCGUCGGGGCGAGGUGUCCUCAUGACUUCUCUUGCGGACCAUGUCCAUGAUCUUUUUUGCCUGCGUGGUACGGAUGAGGGAUGGACUGCCCCUCUCAGCCUCUACUGACUUUUACCACACCCAAGAUUUUAUGGAAUGCAGGAGACGGCUCAAGACGUUAGCCUUGCAGCUGGCCCACUACCCAGGUCGAGGUUCUGCAGAAGGUGGUGACUUCCGUAUAUAUUUUUCAUCUUCAGGGGAUGUAGCCUGCAUGGCUAUCUGCUCCCACCAGUGUCCAGCAGCCAUGGUCUUCUGCUUCCUGGAGACCCUAUGGUGGGAAUUCACAGCUUCCUAUGACACCACGUGCAUUUGCCUAGCCUCCAGGCCAUACGCUUUCCUCGAGUUCGAUAGCAUCAUUCAGAAAAUGAAGUGGCAUUUUAACCACAUCAGUUCCUCUCAGAUGGAGAGCAGCUUGGAAAAAGUUCAGGAGGAGCUUGAGAUCCAGCCUCCAGUGGUUGUCACUCUGGAGGACACAGAUGUGGCAAAUGGGGUGGUGAACGGUCACACACCAAUGCACUUGGAGCCUGCUUCUAAUUUCCGAAUGGAACCAGUGACAGCCCUGGGUAUCCUCUCCCUUGUCCUCAACAUCAUGUGUGCUGCAUUGAAUCUCAUUCGUGGAGUUCACCUUGCAGAACAUUCUUUACAGGUUGCCCAGGAGCAAAUUGGAAACAUUCUGGCUUUUCUUAUUCCUUUCGUAGCCUGCAUUUUCCAGUGUUAUUUGUACCUGUUCUACAGCCCAGCCAGGACUGUGAAAGUGAUGCUAAUGCUGCUCUUCAUUUGCCUGGGAAAUGUGUACCUGCAUGGGCUGAGGAACCUCUGGCAAAUCUUCUUCCACAUAGGAGUGGCUUUUCUGUCUUCAUAUCAGAUACUGACAAGGCAGCUUCAGGAGAAGCAGUCCAAUUGUGGAGUGUAAGGAUGACACAAUGUGAUGAAUGGACCCUUUGGUUUUCUUUUGAAGGUCAAUCUGUAUCUCCCUUCUUGCUUCUCCACUUAUCUCACGUUACCAUCCUUGAAGUUCCUUUCAACCAAACUGGACUGAAAAACUAAAAAUUGAAG